CAGUUUUGUAUGAAUAAACAGAAUAUCGUGAAUAGACUUGACCCCAAGUACAUAGAUAAUUACUAGUUGAGUGAUAUGAUAAAAAGUUUGGAGACCCGAUUGGUGCAAAAUUAAGGCUGUGAUCAUAAUAAUAAAUAAUAAUAAAGUUAACAAGUUGGAUUUGUUGACGGUUGGGAAAAUCGGUAUCAAACUUACACAAAAAAGUGUAAAGUAUGGCAACUCUGAAAACCUUGCAAGCACUCCGACUUAUGCAAAAUAAGUUGGGGUUUUCUGGAUUUCGAAAAUUAUCAACGUCGAAAAGCUUAUCUGCGGCAUAUGAGUCCCCAUUGCCGGACAGUUUUUAUAAUGAAGAACAAAAGCAAAUGCAGGCAACGCUUGGAAAGAUUAUCGAGAAUGACAUAAACCCCUUUGUCGAUGAGUGGGAGAAACAAGAAAUAUUCCCGGCACACCAAGUCUUUAAGAAAUUAGGAAAUGCUGGUUUACUCGGAAUUGAUAAGGAUCCAGAGUACGGAGGUCUCGGAUUGGACUUCAAAUACCUGGCAGCAGUGCUGGAAGAACUUGGAACCAUUAAAUGUGGGGGCGUCGGAAUGGGUAUUUCUGUUCAGAUGUCAAUGACACAGCAGGCGUUAGCAAGAUUUGGAAGUGAAGAGCUUAAAAAACAGUUCCUUGUCCCCUCAAUCGCUGGGGACUAUGUGGCUUGUGUUGGAAUUUCAGAGCCAAUAGCUGGUAGCGAUGUCGGCUCGAUUACCACCACUGCAAAGAGACAAGGUGACGACCUAAUCAUCAAUGGACAGAAAAUGUGGAUCACAAAUUCACUACAGGCAGACUGGAUUUGUCUUUUAGUAAAUACUUCGGAUGGAAAUAAAUACAAAAACAAAUCUCUAGUAUGCGUGCCCAUGAAUUUAAAGGGAAUCACUAAAACAAAAAUCCACAAAAUCGGUAACGAUUCGUCCGACACUGGUCAACUUUUCUUUGAAGAUGUCAGAGUUCCAGCGAAAAAUAUAAUCGGGGAUGAAGGGGCUGGUUUCUAUUACCAAAUGUUGCAAUUUCAACAGGAGCGUUUGGCUGCUUCAGUUGGAGGAUUAAAAGCUAUGGAUAUCAUAAUUUCCGAAACAAUUGAUUACACGCGUCAGAGGAAGGCGUUUGGGAAAGCUAUUUUGGACAAUCAAGUAGUUAAUUUUAGACUUGCGGAACUUGCAUCGGAAGUCGAAAGUUUGAGGGCUUUGACGUAUGCUGCUAUUGAUUGUUUUGUGCGAGGAGAAGACGUUACAAGGCUCGCAUCAAUGGCCAAGCUUAAGGCCGGAAGACUGGCUCGAAUUGUUGGUGAUAGCUGCUUGCAAUAUUGGGGUGGGAUGGGCUACAGCAGGGAGACGUCAAUUUCACGAUAUUACAGGGACACUCGUCUACUUUCUAUUGGGGCGGGCGCAGAUGAAGUAAUGCUCCAAAUUCUGACCGGCCUAUUAAAUAUUAGCCCCAGAUCAAGCAAGUGAUCGAUAUUGGCGUGUGCCUUACAUAAUAAAAUAUGCAUAUUUUCAAUAAAGUUAUUUAAUCCCAUAAAUUAAA